CCGCCGCCGCACGAGUCUGCUGACGCGAGACGAACGGCCGCGACGGCUCGGCUCGGGCCGACAGACGCGUCCGCGACACCGAGUGGGGAAGUACCGUUUUCUCUCCGCGCGAAGAGAGUCUCGAACAGCGGCACUGUACGACGAGACGACGGCUAUCAUACGUACUGCUCUUUACUAUUAUAUUAUCAUUCGAUAUCGUCGGCUUUCCUCGACUUCACGUCGUUUCUACGCCCUACCUGGAGAUUACAGCGUUAUUUGGAAACAUUUCCGAGAAACAGUGCGAGCCCGAUACAAAGUGUUCUUACGACCCAACAACACCGUAGUUUUUUUGAAAUCUCCGAGAUCAGUGUUUCUUUGUUCUUAGUGAAAUCCAGGUGAUUGCGAAGAAGUCUCGAAAUUAAUUCUUCGUCUCCUUUGGGAUAAUACGUUUCGAAGAUCGUUUCAUCGUGAAUAUUGUUCUACAAGACUUAUUCCUUUUACGUCCCAGCGUUAGGAUUUUUACGAUCUUCGUGAAGUCUACUUUGAUUCGUUCAGCUCGAAGAACGAUCCUCAAAGAAGAGUCGGCUCGGAGAGCUUACUCUUUUCACUCGCGGUUGGUGCAAGGUGUACGGUGAGAGAGCGCGCGUAGGUCGAAGAUCGACGGCCGACGGUCCGCCGUUGAUAUGCGGAACGUCUCGAACCUCCUAGCACCGUGAUUUUCUCGAGGGAAGACUCCUGGAAAAAGCUGGACCAAUGAGAGGUCUGGCAAGGCACACUCCAGGUGAGAGAAGCACGGGAUGGAUCCAUGGGACAAAGCUUACUUCGCUGGACAACUUUGAGAAGAAGCGAACGGAGUCUGAAAACGAUCGAGUCUGAUCACCUUGUCCAUGUCGCAAUUUAACCAUCGCAGUUCUCUUCGUAGAUCUUUUUUCGUCGCGAGUUCAUCGUAAAAUAUCAUCAUCGGAGUCUACGCUCCAUCUACGAUUUUUUCCAGAGAAAUCGUUUUCGGUGCAUCCAAAAGGGAUUAGCGUGAGACGACUCGCCGAGAGAAAAGUUUCAGUGCUAAAGUGGAUGUGGUGGCCGUGCGACAAAUUGGUGGAAGGUGGUUGUGGACGACAUCAACGACGACGACGCCGACGAAAGUGCAAGUGUUCUCGUUCUUUUUGCGGUUGUUAUUGUUAUCGUUUUUUCGUUGUUCUCAUUGUUGAGUCCAAGUGGCCGUACUGACGGUGCUCGUCCUCGUCCACGUUUUUACGAUGGUUUCCAAGUCAUUUAUGACCCUGGUGUUCCUCGUGUGCCUACAAACGGUUUUACUCUCUACCGUGAGCAACUGCGCGAAGGCGAUCAGCUUGUACUGGAACACCACGAAUUCGAUAUUUCGAAUAGACAACACGGAUCAUAUAAUAGACGUGAACAAGAACAACGCGGUGUUCGAGUACGAUCAAGUGAACAUAAUUUGUCCGAUGUAUCAAUUGGGCACAUAUGAUCCGGAAAAAUACCUCAUUUAUAACGUGUCCAAGGAGGAGUACGAGACGUGUCGAAUAACAAACCCAAGUCCUCGCUUAAUAGCAAUUUGCGACAAACCAUACGAGGAUAAGUACUACACGAUCACCUUCAGGCCGUUCACGCCGCAACCGGGGGGCCUCGAGUUUCUGCCUGGCCACGAUUACUACUUCAUCAGCACCUCGUCCAAGGAAGAUCUGCAUAGGCGCAUCGGCGGACGAUGCACCUCCGACAACAUGAAGGUUGUCUUCAAGGUUUGCUGCAGCAACGACACCUCCUCCUCAUCAGCCACGUCUCGCAACAACUCCGUAACCGUGACCAGCAGCACCGUGCCCAGCAGCAGCUCAACGAGCACCGCGGUUUUGGGAGGAGGAGCUGGUGGUAUGAUGCCACCACCACCGCCACCGAGCGUCCUCAAGGGUGGAGAACGAUUCUACCCGGGAGGCAACAUUCAUCAUCAUCGCGAUCAUCAUCAACCAGCUACGGUGAUGCCGACCCACGUUCCCCCUUCAGCGUUGUACCCUGUACAUCCGCAUCAGCCACAGCCUCCGAUUCACAAUGGACCCCCGUCUGUCUCCUCGCCGCCAAAGACCUCGAUUGGACAGAAGAAAAAGAACAAGGAAUACUCCGAUCAUCCUAACGAGGUGGUGAAGAACGAAGAACUAACGUACAACGGCGCGGCGUCGUAUGGGUUCGGGCAGGUCCUGUUCCUGAUGGUCUCUAGCGUUUUGAUAAGUGCUCUCAUGCCGCAGUUGCUGCGGUGAAGCGACGACACUACCAACGAAGAGCGUAUCCCAUGCGUCGAACCCCUUCUUCUGUGAUUAUCCUACGUUUAAUUAAUUUCUUGAGGCACGCAGCGCCUCUAUCGUGCGCUGCAGCCCCUCGAUCGUGGGACGCGCGCAGAUCAACCAUCGCUCGGUUUGCCCCGAGACCGAAUGCUGAGAAGGAAAGAAGAGAUAUCUAUUAGAUACUGCUGGUAAGAAGGUAUAGAUAUAUGUACGGAUGGACCUAGAAAGACUACGUGUCUGAAUAAGAGACUCGUGGCAAAGCCAUAUUAACUACUAAUAAAAAGGAAAGACAAGCGGGAUGGCGUAUAGAUGUCGAGAUGGUCAAGCAAGACGACGACGAAAAAGGAUAGAAGAGAGCGAAGAAAAAAUGCUGAAAAAAAUGAAGAAAAAGAAGAACAAGGAGAAUCGCUGCUACUAGAUACUAUUAUAGUACGCCCACUAUUAUCACUACUAUAAAUGGUAGUCGUAUUGGUUGUCCUUCUUAUCGUUACGCUAAUUCUAGGUAUUUAUUCGAAAUACAAGAGAGCGUGGUAAAAGAGCGAGUGUAUGAAAGUAAUGUGAACGCGUGAGAAAAGAUGUGUGCGAGUAGCGUGUUAAAUAUCUUCGGAGCGAAUAACGUUAGCGCGCAUACGAGUUAUAUCUAGCCAGAAAAUGGACGAAUCUUUGUCGAAUCGAAACGGAAGACGAGACUUAAACGACUUCUCUCGACACGAACAAUGAGAUUAUCCAUCGUCGAAAAACUCUAACGAUGAAUCGUUCCAGCUCGUUUCCCGUUUGAAUCGUCGUGCGCGUUUACCUGUACAUUCGCUGGCCCACGAUAAUUAGCACGCCUGUAAAUAAAUUCCUAACGAAUAUGUACAAGUGACUCCAGCGGUUUCUUCGAGCUGCAAGGAGAUUUAGGAGAGUGCCGUAUACUAGACGAAUCUUAUGUAUGACGCACGAGCGAACGAGAGAAAAAGGGAGAGAGACAGAACGCGUAAACGCCCACGAGGACGUAAAGACCCGUUUGCGAAAUUAAUGCGACAAAAAUGCGAGAACGAUCCAUCGUCGAUGUUGAAAAUUUCAUAAAAUCGAGCGACAAUUCAAUGAACUUAUCUUGAUUAUACGCGUCGAUUCAAAUUUGACGAAUCGGCGAUUGUCGGCUAUCUCUUUUCGUCUCGAUCGUGGCAAAAAAGUAUAUAUUAUCCGUGCGAGAGAGAGAGGGAGAGAGAGAGAGAGAAAGAGACAGAGAGAGAGAAAAAGAGAGAGAGAGAGAGAGUUUGAGCGCUAGUGAGAAAAUUCUCUAUGAGUGCGUGGAAAUUGCGAGAAUGUGAAAAUUUGUAUAAUACCUGUACUAUAGAUCUGUAUUAUAUUUAUUAUCCGCUAUUAUUACUCUACGAAUAUUCAAUCGAUAUUCUAUAUUUACUAGUAAAAUAUCAAAUUUAAUAGCGAAUAAAUUGCGUAUCGACGAUGGGAGACAAAGGGAAACAGAGAAAGAAAGACAGAAAAAGAAGGCUUAUGAGAAAGGAGAACAACGAAGACUCGAGGCCUCUUAUUCUCGACGUACGGCUAAACUCUCGUCGCAUUUGUUGUUUUUUAUACUAUCCGGUAUAUCGGAUCUAUGAGUAAGCAUUAUCUACUCGUGAAUUUAAUCGAUUGGCCGUUCGAUCGUCUUCUUUCCUUUUUUCUUUGUAUCUUGCAUUAUCCUUUGUUCUCUUUCUGUUAUUUUUGUAAUUCUAUUUAUUGUCCGUCGUUUUACACACCACACCACAUAAUACCUACAUUCAUGUACACGACACGCGGCACAUUAACACUUUACACAUAAUUCAGCGUGAGUUGUCUCGCGCGCGACGAGAACCGCGAGAAUUCGAGAAUGCAAGAGAAUAACUGCGGACGAAUUUUCGUUUCGCAUUCGCCAUUGAGAGAUGAUUAGAUUUAAUGAAUUAUUAUUGUAAAUAUGUGUAUGCGAAAGAAUAUCGUAUGAUAAUGAUCAUGAUGAUAAGACGAUGCUGUUAACGCUGGAGAAAAGAGGGAAUUUGUGAAAGAAGCGAAAAAGAGCGAGAGAGCGAGAGAGCGAGAGAGUGAGAGAGAGAGAGAGAGAGAGAGAGAGAGAGAGAGAGAGAGAGAUACCCUUCUUAUUCCGAAUCGUAGAUAAAGAAAAAAAUGAUAGAGGAUCCUUGAACGCAUAGGCCGCUCGAUCGACCAAUCGUUUUCGUCUUUUGUCAAACGGAUCGUCGUCCUUCCUGCACCGACCUUGAAAAGAACGAAAACAAUGAAUAAGAUCGGCCGAAAGCGAAACAAAGCGAAAGAAAAGAAAUAACUAAAACGCGUGUUUAAUGUUAUCCACUACAGUAUUGUUAAGCCUAAGUAUUACAUGCCUACGAUCCACGUCUGUUUGUCUGUCUGUCUGUUCGCGUGUCUGUUUACCGUUUGUAUACUUUUUCCUCAUACUUUAUUAAUCGCAAUAGCAUAUCACGAUGAAUUUUACGAACAAUAAUAGGAGACGGUUUUAUCGCUCGCAUCACGAUUCGUCAAAAAUUUUGUUUCUCUCGUUACUCCGUUUAUUUUUGAUUUUAUUAUGAAAAUCACGGACACUUUCGUUUCCACCCGAAGUACGUUCUUGCAACGACAGUCAAAAGUUGUAAACCGAGAACCUCAAAGACAAUCAAUCACUCGCACAUUGUAAAUUAUCCGAAGCUUUUUCUCAAAGUAGAUCGAUCGUAAACGUCAGAAUCCCGUAGCUAAUCGACUUACGUCCGAAAUAGAAGAACUUCACGCAGAUGUAUGUACAUACAAUACGUUCGGUUCACGGCUCGUCUCGUUCAAGAACGUACAAAUUACCCUUACGUUUUCUACAUUCGUCCUAUAAUUGAUUAUUUCUUUUAUUCAUCGUACGAACUUUGAAUCGUAGAAAGCAUCGUGGAAAGCGUCUCUUAUUGUUAGUUUCGUAGACGAACUCAUCGGAUCCACAAUUGAUCACAUACACACACUUCAGCGCCAAUAAAGCGAUGCAGCAAACGUACAUAGAUCCACGUGAAUGGUACUCGUUCGUACGGACGAUAGGUGAAUACAGUAUAACAAUAAUAUAGAAACGAACUAUCGAUAGAAAAUAGACAAGGUCACUCACUGCAGUUUAUUUUAUUUUUGUCUCUUUCUCCUCAUUUUAUUUUUCACGUCCUACCGCAUCCAUUCCACGCAGACCGAAUCCUAUCCAUUUUUUUUCCAUGGAUCCGUUCGCGACAUGACAGCGUUCCACUAUACAAAGAUAUAUUUUGGAAAACACGAAAAAUGUUCAAAGCACAGAAUAUCGCUAAAGAAUUUGUAUCUAUACGUACAUAUAAGUAUAUGUAUGUAUACUGAUGUAUUCAAGUACGUAUGUAGAAAAUCAUUCUACAUCCUAUGCAAUACCUGUCUAUUUUAACGCGAAACUAUCUAUUUCGCCAUUCUGGUCAACGUUACUAUCCCCAUAUAAAAUCGUCUGUAAAAGAUAAAGUGGAACGCACCCUGCCUUCGUAUCUAAACUUUAUUUUUUUUCAGUAUUUUUUCACAGCGACAUACAUAUUUGUGUUUUAUGUUUGUUCAGAUCCUUUCCGUCAUCUUUUCAAUCUCGCUUGUACGCGCGUGCAAGAACAGUGUUAAGAAAAUGUGGGGGUCCUUUGCACCGCGACCAAAGGACACGCGUUAUAUUCUCACCUAUAUAAAAUAUAUAAACUUAUAUGGAAGGAUUCAUCCUUCUCAUUUAUCAAGACCGGAGUUAACAAUUUACACCGCGUCUUAUACACUGCCAGCGGUUUGAUUAAACUGUAAAGGCCGAAAGAGAAAAUAGGAAGAAAGAUAGAUAGAUAGAGAAAGAGAGAGAGAGAGAGAGAGAGAGAGAGAGAAAGAGAGAGAGAAAGAGAGAGAGAGAAUGAGAGAAAAUUUUUCUUAUAAAGUAGGAAAGGGAAAGAGAAAAAGAAAAAGAGAGAAAAAGUGAACGAGAGAAAGAGAGCGAAAGCGAGAGAGAGAGAGAGAGAGAGAGACGUUUUUGUAAAUAAGACGAUCGAUAAACAAUUAACACGAUGAAAUUUAUAUUAAAUGCAUAGCAAGUACGAGAUAGGUUUCUAAUAACGAUUUAUUAUAAAAGUGAAUGUACGUUGAUGUCUAAGAUUUUUAACAUGAAAACACACAAAGUGGUUAUAAUUAACUAUGAUUAUUACUCAUAGAACGAAAACACAAGUACUAAUUAAACGAGAAGGUUUAAAAUACGAAGCCACAGUUAGACAGAUCGUGAAUCUCUCACGGCGCAUAUAUUAUUUUAUAUUCGGUACAUACAUUGACACAUACGCUCACCGUAAUGCGGUAAACAUACACGGCAUCACGUGAAAAAUUAGAUUCUCACCGGAUGGCUGAAAUAUGACAGCGAAAUACAUAGGUAAACGAAAGAGAAAUAUCGACAACCUGCCGAUUUUUUGAAUGAUUUAUCUAUCGUAACGUAACCGGGGAUAUGGUGAAAUGAUCUAGUGCCGUGUACGUUUGUUGCAAAAUCGGGUCUGUUAGAUUGCGUGUGCACAUUCAGUACAGUACGUUGUUCAUUAAACAAAGCAUACAAUACAAAGUAGCGUAGCGUUCAUAAUGGUAGUCCACUGUAGCGAAAUAGUGUUUAAACAAAGCAAACAAAAAAAAACCGGAAAAAAGACAUAAUCAACAAAAAAAUUGCAGGUAACCGUACGUAAUAAAAUCGUAAAACGAUCUUCAUAAAGGAUACAGGCAUACACAUAUACACUGAUACAUGCAUACACACAUAUUAGAGAGCACAAGAGAAGCAAACGAGAAACACACGUACACCACUCGAAGAGAAGAAAAAUCGUCGCGUUCACGCGGUAAAAAGCAAGAUUCCAUAUGCGCGCGUAUGAGUGAGAGAGUGAGAGAGAGAAAGAAAGAGAGAGAGAGAGAGAGAGAGCAAGAGUGUGUGAAAGAAGUAGAAUGCAAGAGAGGGAGAAAGAGGAAGAUAGAGAGUUAGAGUGAAAAAGUAUACAAGGAAGGAUGCAAGAGAGAUGCGAUUGGCGCGUACGGUGCGUGCUAUCAAGAGUAGUACACGCAAAAUGGAAGAUAACGAUGCGCCGCGAGCGUAGAAACGUUGGCGUCGCAUAAGUUAUGUAGGUAUAUUGUAUAUGUAUAUCGAUAUCAGAGAUAUAUCGAUGAAAAAGUUAAAAAAAGAAGAAAGUAAAACGCGUGAAAAGACACCUGACGAAAGAGAAAUGGGGACCGGGUCUCCUUUUACUCAUCUACACACAUACAUAUACACCGAUGCAAUGGCAUGCUCGCCUCGGUGGAGGUUUUGUUUGAAAGUACCUUGCGCGAAUCGUCUCUGUAGUACAAAAGAAUGCUCGAUGUAUGAAAUAUAUACGAUCGUUUCACUUGAACCGUAUAUUUUUCAAUCGCGGAUAAACCAUGGCAUCGUUCGAGUAAUUAACUUUUUUUUUCCUUUUCUUUUCUUUUCUUUAUACUAAAGAAAACAAAUAUACUCCUUAAAAUAACAUGAAAAUUUGCAGAACGGAUGUUAGAAUAAAAUGAAACAUCGUAUACAAUUUUCUUUUCUUAUUCAAUUGAUCGGAUGCCUUGGUCGAAGAUUAUUUUGAAUUUCGUUUAAAAAAGAACUUGCUCGUGUACUCGCCGUAGACAUAUCUUACUUUUUAACUCCUAUUUUAUAGAAAAUGAGCCGAGAAAGAGGAAACGCGAGAGAGAGAAAGAGAGAGAUCAUGAAUGAAAGAGGAAAGAAGUAAAGAAAAAAGUGAAUUCCGGUUCGGUCGUAUUCUUGAAUUUUUUCACGAGACUUCAAAAGCUCUAUUAAUACAUCUGUCGUCUCAUUUCGCUUCAUACAUUCCACCAAAAUCGUAAAAGACACCGUGUAUACGGACAAACGCUUUACACUUGUAAAAGGUAAAGAGAAAGUAUUUGAAUUAUUAUCGCGAGCAAAAGUUUUAUGAAUUGUUCGAUGAACGUUCGAACGAUGCGCGUCGUCGAUUUUACUAAAGUUCAUUUUUAAAGAUUAAUUACUUCUCCAGUCGAUUCGAUCGGAAUGAUCUUCGGACAUUUGCGAUUAUCGUUUGGCCUAAAAUAGCGAAAGCCUCGUAAUUGCAUAUUAGAGACAACGAAUUUUUCAAAGUAGGGCUAUCAACUUAUAUCCAUCUAAAUAUUUCGCGUUCUCAUUUAUAUUUUUAACACGAUGGCGAUUCAUAUGCAAAAAAAAAAUGGUUGUGAUGUGAUUUCGUUGAUUCAGGGCAUGCUCCAGAACGAGAUUCAUAAACUUGUUUUCUCUAAUAAAAUAUCGCGUCGUUUGAAGAUCAGAUUUACCGAAAUUUUUAAUAUUCUGCGAAGUUUCGCAAAAUUUUCUUCAAAUUAGGCCUACGUUAAUAAAAAUCGAGAUUCGUGAAAGCGGAUAGUGUAUUUGCCAGAGGUACUUUACGUCAAUUAUUUCGUGUAACGCUUCAUUGUACGUGUGAUCGAUGAUAUCUCACCGUUUUGUCGUAAAGAUAAAUAUGACUUAUGAUAGCAUGGAUGUCAAUGUUUUCGAGACUAGCACGGUACAAAAAAGCUCACAUCAUGGAAUACCGCAAAACUUUGUAUAGCGACAGUUAUAACUUGCACAAGGUCACCCAAAACGUGUAAUAUAUUUGGAUGUAUAUUUAGCCGAGGAACACUUGUUUGUGUCGAAAAAUGCGAAGAGCAUCUAAUGUGUGCAUGAAAAAUAAUCAUUCUCUCCGCUAUACGUAAUUACGAUUAUUUCGAUCUUAAAACCAAUAAAACUUCAUUUGCGUCCGAAUUUUACGACAAGAUAUACGAAAAGCAUCGAUAUGAUAAGAGAUUUCGUGAAUGAAAAGCGAAAUGUUAAGAUAAUUUAUCGUUAGUUCCUAGAUUACGAAGAGUCCUAUUACUUCGAUGUGAAUUGGCGGGUUAUCGAAAAGGUGGAUAAAAAGAUUAAUUUAUGAAAAGAAGCGAUGUGAAGAAAUGAAUUUAUAUCCUAUGAGGCUGCGGGACAAAAGACUUGAAAAAUAGAUAAAACGAGGCUGCGCCUUGAAAUGAUGUACUUGAUGCGAAUUUCGAUUGAAAUGAUGUUCGGUCGAUUUAUACUGAAAGUAGAUCCAGCGGAGAGAAACGAGAAAUUAUUAAUUGUGCGUAAUGCAGGGAACGAUAUCGCUUGAUGAUCUUCAAAACGCACUGAAAAGCACACUCAUGAUCUAGAAAUAAAUAUUUAAAAAAAAAAAAAAGAUGGGGAGAACGGCAUGAAGAAAAACCACGUGGGAAGGCCCAUAUGUCGCAUUUGUUUGAAAAAAAGGAAAAAAAAUAACUUAUUACAAGAAUGCACAAGUAGUAGUGUACACACGCAUGUACUGUUUGUUACCGCGAAUAAAUAUGCGAGUUUAAAAUCAGGUUUGAUUUAUGUGUACACGGUGAGGGCCGAGCUUCGUACGAAAAGAAACGCAGGUGCUCGCGCGAGAAUGAUUCGAUGAUGAUUCUUUUUCGAAUGAGGACGAUCGAAUUUCAACGCAUUCUACUUGCGCAUCGGAAAAAAGUAUAAUACAACAUUUCUCCUGAGCACAUGCGUUUUCUUACGGCGAUAUUGUUAUUAUAUGAACGAACUCAAGACGGCAUGGUAUACAAGGCUAAGAACAAGACCUAAAAUGGGGACAUAAUAUUUUAUAACUCAACUUUUGUACAGAAUAAAUAAAUACUUGUACUGUGGACCAA